AUGAAGAACAGCGGUGGGGAUCGCGUGCAGCAGCCGCCGGCUGUCGGAAAGAUGAGAGUCGCCGGUGAUGUGCUUGUGCGGAGGCCUCGCGGAGGACAACGCCAGGAUCAUCCUCCUCGCUGUUGUCCUGGCAGCGUACAUGCUCGCAGGCGCGGCUCUCUUUCAAAGGCUAGAGAGUGAUCUUGAGAUACGGCAGGCGGCAGAAUUUUGGCGGGUAUAUCACGCAUUUCGAAGGCACCACUUGCGAGGUAGUCCCUUGGCCCUGCAGAGAUUGCACGAAUUGUUGUACGCUUACGGCAACGCUUCCGCCACCGGCAUCAUCAACAAGAGACGCCGCUGGGACUUUCCUGGCAGUUUUCAUUUCGUAGGCACCAUAGUCUCUACGAUCGGAUACGGAAGCACUGCGCCCCAGACGACGGCCGGCAAAGCGGCAGUCGUUCUUUAUGGUUUCUUCGGUUGUUCCGGUGGCAUACUGUUCUUCAAUCUCUUCCUGGAAAGAAUCAUCACUUUCCUGGCGUGGAUUUUACGCAGCUGGCACGUACGUCGAUUGAGGAGACGUCUUCGCAAGACUAUAUUAGCGUCUCGACGGAUUUCUAAGUCAAUGAACACUCCAAAAAGAUCAUCUUUACCGGACAUUCUCGACGACGACGACAAUCACGUGGAUCUGGAUCAAUGGAAACCGAGUGUAUAUGGGGUCAUGCUCUAUUUGUCCGCGGUUUCCUGCAUCAUCGCCAGUUGCGCCGCCGCGCUUUAUGCAUCGCUGGAAGACUGGGAUUACUUUGAUGCAUUGUACUUUGCUUUCAUCAGCUUCACCACCAUCGGGUUCGGCGAUUUCGUUAGCACGCAAAAACCAAACUAUCCUCACGUACAUUGGUACAGAUUUGCGAACUUCAUCUUCCUAGUGGUGGGAUGUUGCUGCAUAUAUUCCCUGUUGAAUGUCACGUCAAUCGUGAUAAAACAGGGCCUGAAUUAUGUGAUACACAAGUUGCAAUAUGGUAAUCGGGACGUGGCGGCACCGUAUCUACCAAGACGACAGUCUUCAGUAUCGACCAUAUACUACUCGAAGAGGAGGCCGACGACAAGAUUCGUUGGCAGGGAUUCAAUCAGAGCAGAGGAUAAUUCGGAGACGCCUCGCAGAAUGUCCGGCGAAUUGAUCUCCAUGAAGGAUUUCCUGUCCGCCAAUAAAGUCUCCCUAGCUGUUAUGCAAAAACAGCUUUACGACGCCGCGCAGAAGCAAAGAGGCGCCGGAUCGCUCGCCACUACGCCAAAUCAUCAGAUGCUGAGACCUGGUGCGGUGGGUCCACUCGCAAUCGCCAGUGAAAAAUUUGAAAGUAAAAGCACGAUAAAUAGAUAGGUAUAAUCGUGACAAAAAAGUAAUGGCUAUAAAAAUGUAUAUACAAGGUGUCCUAUGUAAGAUACAGAAUGAUAUUAUUGUAUUUCUUCUUAAAGCUUGUGUUUUAGAGGAAUGAUAAUAUCGGUCUAUAUCCAAUCUAUAUAUAAGACAUCCUGUACAAAUACAUACGUAUAUGAUAACGCAUACCUGUAUCAAAUAUAUUUUUCACAAUGUGUUUGGCAAUUAAUAAUUUUGAGAGCAAUGAUAGUGUGCUGAUUAUAGCAAAAUAUAACAUAAUAAAAAAUAAUUAGUAACAUUAUAUAAAGUCCCAAUAUUAAGAUUUCUUAUAAGAAAUUUGUCGAUAUCAAGUAUUUGUUAAUGCCUCAAAAUUAUUAAUAUAUAAAUUAAU